UCCACCUUGUCCGUUCCUGUCCAACCUAAGCUUCCUGCUCCCAUGUUUUGAACCCGUUCCCUUCGGAGACAGUCCACCAUGUCCACCGGGUCUCUCAGCGAUGUCGACGACGAGCUCCUGGACGGCAUCCUGAAGUUUGGCUCCGCCGGAAAAGACUCCAACGAGAGCACGGAGGAGAGUUCCAACUGUGAGGGCACAUGCUCAAACGAAGACCGGCGGGACGUUCCGGGCAAGAGGAGGAAAAGCGCGUCCCGGAAAGCGGCGCCCAAGGGUGUGGCACAGCAGGAGGGCAAGCAGGUGCAGAGGAACGCAGCCAACGCCCGGGAGAGAGCCAGGAUGCGCGUCCUGUCCAAGGCUUUCUCCAGACUGAAGACCACUUUACCCUGGGUCCCCCCGGACACCAAGCUCUCCAAACUGGACACUCUGCGCCUGGCCUCCAGCUACAUAGCGCACCUCCGACAGAUACUGGCCAACGACAAAUAUGAAAACGGAUAUAUCCACCCUGUAAACCUGACGUGGCCUUUCAUGGUUGCAGGUAAACCAGAGAACGAGCUGAAGGAGAUGCUCAACACAACGAGGUUAUGUGGAACAACGGCGUCUUGAUGCAACUGGACCCCUAUUGUUUUUUGUUUUGUUUUGUUUUGUUUUUUUAAAGGAGCAAUAAUUUUGCAAGAAAAAACACACAUAUCUGCUUGUUUCCGAGGGACAAAAAAACGCAUGUCUUCAUCUUCGCAGAUAUUGAGUGGGAAUAACGGAGGGGUUUGCGUCCUCUCCUUCGUUCCUGUAAAGACAGAUUGAAUUCUAUUUAAAUGCAUACUGUCACUGAUUGUCUUUGCUGGUUCAAAGAUAGACUGCUUUAAAAUGCUUUCUUUUUUUUACUCCGCAGAUGCAUUUUUUGUUCUUUUU